AUGGAUCUGGAUGUCACGAAGAUAUGCGAGGAUGCAUAUUUGAUUAUGCAUAAAAUUUGCGAGUUUGGAUUUCACAACACUUUACACGGUAAUCUCGAAGGCAUGCUGAAGCAUAUUAUUUCCCAUAUUGCAUCGUCGGUUGGGGGUGGUCCAUUUACAUCGGAUCUCGAGCGAUUCUUUGGCCACGGACCGAUCAUCUCGAUCGAUGACGACUUCAACUUCUUGCCCGAACUGUUGGUGAUCAUCUGGGACGUCCAACGGAUCGGGGUCUGGCCGAUGGACAACCUCGGCCCCAAUGGCUGGGAAGGCCCGGUCUACGACCCCUCUGAUCACACCCUCCUCCGUUGGGAGGCCGGGGCCGUCCAGGAUCGCAAGUUCCCCGUCGACAACGGCGCCUUCGCCUUCGCCUCUGAACUCCUUGCAUCGACUAUCAUUGGGACAAGGUAUUGGCCAACCGAUAUCAGCGGGGUCCACUAA